CACUACAAAUGUUGCAUUCCCAGUGCAAUAUUUUGAAGCAAUUCAAUAAUUCACUGAUAAUGUUUCAUUCUAAUGCUUUGUCCUUCUGAUUAACCUUGCAUCUUGGUCAUUCAAACUCCAGCAAACCUCUUCAGUCAGGUUUCUUCAUAGUCUGAGUAGGUACCAAAAAUGGCAACUUUGACUGCUUCGAGUAACUUGAUCUCUGGAAGUUCUCAUGCCCAACAUGGACCAACUGCAUCGUGUGAGUCUAAAGCAGUGGCAAUGGGAUUGAAAUCUCUAAAGCACACUAAUACUCAUAAUGGACUGAGAAUUUUGAACCCGGUGGAUGAGCUACUUAACAGGACCCCAAUCAAAACCAACUCAGUACAAGCUAAAAGGAAGGGACUUCAAGGCAAGAAUGUCAAGCCUAAAGGUGUAAUCAUAUGUGGCAUGAAUUUGAUUUUUGUUGGAACGGAGGUGGGUCCAUGGAGCAAAACUGGUGGGUUAGGAGAUGUUCUUGGAGGUCUUCCACCAGCAUUAGCAGGUUAUGGACAUCGAGUUAUGACUAUCGCGCCACGUUAUGACCAAUACAAAGAUGCCUGGGAUACAAGUGUUGUGGUUGAGCUGAAAGUAGGGGAUAGAACUGAAAAGGUUCGCUACUUCCAUUGCUAUAAGAGGGGAGUUGAUCGUGUCUUUGUGGAUCACCCUUUGUUUCUUGCAAAGGUCUGGGGGAAAACCGGAACCAAACUUUAUGGACCAACUACAGGAGAUGAUUAUGAUGACAACCAACUACGUUUUAGUCUAUUUUGCCAGGCAGCUUUGGAAGCACCAAGAGUUCUCAAUCUCAAUUCCAGUAAAUAUUUCUCUGGACCAUAUGGUGAAGAUGUAAUUUUCAUUGCCAACGAUUGGCACAGCGCCCUUAUCCCCUGCUACUUGAAAUCUAUGUACCAGUCAGUAGGCAUCUAUAAGAAUGCUCGAGUUGUUCUAUGUAUCCACAACAUUGCUUACCAAGGAAGAUUUGCAUUCGCAGACUAUGCACUUCUAAACCUCCCUGACCAAUUUAAAAGCUCCUUUGACUUUAUUGAUGGGCAUCUUAAACCAGUGGUUGGAAGGAAAAUCAAUUGGAUGAAAGCUGGAAUUAUAGAAUCAUGGUUUGUGAUAACUGUUAGUCCAAACUAUGCUAUAGAACUAUUGUCAGGUCCAGACAAAGGUGUGGAACUGGACAACAUCCUUCGCAAAAUUGAAGAACGUUUCAUUGGAAUUGUGAAUGGCAUGGAUGUUCAGGAGUGGAAUCCAUCCACUGACAAGUAUAUAGCCGUCAAAUACGAUGCUUCAACAGUUUCGGAAGCAAAGGCUCUUUUGAAAGAAGCCCUUCAAGCAGAAGUUGGUUUGCCAGUGGACAGAAAUAUUCCUCUCAUUGGUUUCAUUGGUAGGCUUGAGGAGCAAAAAGGUUCCGAUAUUCUUGCAGAAGCCAUUCCCCAAUUUAUCAAGGAGAAUGUUCAGCUGGUAGCCCUAGGAACAGGAAAAAAACAAAUGGAAAAACAGCUUCAGGAACUUGAAAUAGCAUACCCUGACAAGGCCAGAGGAGUGGCAAAAUUCAAUGUUCCCCUGGCCCACAUGAUAAUUGCUGGUGCUGAUUUUAUAUUGGUUCCUAGCAGAUUUGAGCCUUGUGGUCUCAUUCAGUUACAAGCUAUGCGCUAUGGAACAGUACCUAUUGUUGCCUCAACCGGUGGAUUAGUUGACACUGUCAAAGAAGGCUUCACUGGAUUUCAGAUGGGUUCCUUCAAUGUUGAGUGUGAAGCUGUGGAUGCUGCUGAUGUGGAUGCUAUAGCAAAGACUGUCAAAAGGGCCCUUGCAGUCUACGGAACUCCAGCUUUCACAGAAAUGAUCAAGAAUUGCAUGGCUCAAGAUCUUUCAUGGAAGGGACCUGCUAAGAAGUGGGAGGAAGUGCUGCUAAGCUUGGGAGUUCCUGGCAGUGAACCUGGAACUGAUGAUGGAGAAGAAAUUGCUCCACAGGCAAAGGAAAAUGUGGCAACUCCAUAAUAAGACCAUAUAUGUGCAGGAAGCCUUUUUAGUGAGUCUCAUGAAGUUCCCUCAGCCAGUUGCUUCUUAUGGUUCUAUCCUACUUCCAUUUUUUUGUUUUCUUCAAAAUAUAUCAUAGAAAUUAAUGUACAUGGACUCCGUGAUUACACUGUUCGGAUCAGUGUUUUCAACGUAUUUAUAAGAGUAUGUCUUCAAGAUUAGCAUGCAUAAAUUAAAGCGUUUCUUAGCAAGCUAUA